CCCUGGCUGCUCACAGCUGUUUUCCUCUCUGAUACCAGCCAGGUGUCCUCCUAUGUUCCCCUCCCCAUCUCUUCACAUGACCAGCCUUUGGAUUCUCAGCUCCUGGCUGCUUUCCACAUUCCACUCCCCUUUCAGAACCCAGGCAUCCUGGGCUCCAGCUGAAACCGCUGCAUGUGGCUUUCCCCAUCCCUGGCCCCGUGACUCAGGCCCCCGAAAGGCGCAGCCCGCUUUUUGGCAAUCACCAGGGAGAGGGAGAGGAGGAGGGGGGCCUAGGUGGUGACAUCACGGUUGACGAGUACAAAAGCUUCAAGCCAACACAGAAUUGGAAUUGAAGAUACAACCUGACAGCACAGCUUGUGAUCCUGGGGAUCCCUCACCCGGAUACUCAGACUUCUGGCAGCAGAUUCCCACUGCAUCAAGCCUACCCAUUGACUCCAUGCUGGGCUCUCCCUGCCUUCUGUGGCUCCUGGCCGUGACCUUCCCCUUGGUUCCCAGAGCACAGCCCUUGGCUCCCAAAGACUUUGAGGAAGAGGAGGAAGAUGAGCCUGAGACAGCGUGGCCACCUUUGCCGGACGUCCCCUGCGACUACGACCGCUGCCGACACCUGCAGGCGCCCUGCCAGGAGCUGCAGAGGGCCGGGCCGGCAGCCUGCCUGUGCCCGGGGCUCUCCAGCCCUGCCCAGCCGCCCGACCCGCCGCGCCUGGGAGAAGUGCGCAUCGUGGCCGAGGAGGGCCGCGCCGUGGUCCACUGGUGCGCCCCCUUCUCCCCGGUCCGCCACUACUGGCUGCUGCUUUGGGACGGCAGCGGGACUCGGCAGAAGGGGCCCCUGCUGAAUGCCACCUUCCGCAGAGCAGAACUCAAGGGACUGAAGCCCGGGGGCGCUUAUGUCGUCUGCGUGAUGGCGGCUAACGAGGCCGGCGAAAGCCGCGUGCCCCCGGCGUGGGGGGAGGGCCCCGCGGGAGCGGGCUUCCCGGCCUUUGGGCCCUGCGGCCGGCUCACCGUGCCGCCCAGGCCCCAGACCCUGGUCCACGCGGCCGUGGGGGUGAGCACUGCCCUGGCCCUGCUGAGCUGUUCCGCCCUGAUCUGGCACUUCUGCUUGCGCGAUCGCUGGGGCUGCCCGCGCCGCCCAGCCGCAGGGGUGCUCUGA